AUAUCGAGGUCCCACGAUCGGUGGCCCCUCAAAGGCCACCGCAACUACUACAUGCCAGAAGUGUCUGAAGAAAGAUAGGUCCAUCCCCGAUUCCUAGAUCUCCUCAAAGCUGACCAUUGCCACGCCAUUAUUCCUACGAGUGUAAAGCGAUCGCACAAGAGCGCCCAUACAAAUCUCGCCCUUCUCGAACGCAACAACUGUUUAAUCCAAAACUCCUCCCAAAGUUGACGAACGAUGCGCCACAGGAUCUGCUAAGAAAGUAUGCAAACUCAACUCUCCGGUCACCAUUUCUCUUUAUAUUAUUCAACGAAGGCUGGCUUAUUGUUUUGGGCGUGCUGCAUUAUCUGAGCAAUACUGACGAUUUGGGUUUGCGCAAAUACAAUUCAUAUACUAAUCACUUCUCUAGGAAAGGAGUCGCAGAUGAACAAAUAGCAAAAGCAGAGCAGGAGCGGGAACGCAAACGAGAACGUCAAAGUGAAACUCCAGAAAUCACAUCAAAGAGAAGACGGUCAGCUUCUAUUUCAUCGGUAUCUGUUUCUACUAUAUCUACAACAAUGUCCCGAUCGCCUUCUCCACGAAGAUCGUAUGCGGAAACUCGACAACGUAAACCCAGAUCUCCCAGUAUGUCACGAUCUCCAGCUCUUAGGAAGGAUUCCGGUCACCAGGAUCGACGAUACAACAGCAUAUCUCAAUCUCCCCAACAACCAAGAGUAAGCGAUUCGGAAAAGAAACGAAGAAGGGGCUCCGUUUCCUCAGUAGACUCGGACACUUCGGCUGAUAGGAAGGAAAAUAUGCGCCCGCCAAGAGACAGUCGGAGUACGCGAAGAAGAUUCCGGGAAGUUAGUCCUCCUGUCAGGGGACGGAGAACUGAAAGUAGAAGCCCCCAUAGAGGAAGAGGAAGGCUAGUGGACAAUCAUGAACAACAGCAACCACCUCGCAACCAUGGGCGAGAUGAACCGCCGCGGGAGCGAAGUUUGAGCCCGUUUUCAAAGCGAUUAGCGUUGACACAAGCUAUGAACAUGGGCCGUUAA